AUGGGUAGAAAAAUUGAGAUAAAGAAAAUAGAAGAGCCGACGAAACGUCAAGUCACAUUUUUUAAGCGUAGUAGUAGUUUACUGAAGAAGGCGAAAGAGAUUGCAAUUUGCUGUGACGUCGAUGUGUUGUUUGUCGUGUUCUCGCCUGCUCAUCGUCUUAAUAAAUUUUGUAGCCAAAGGAGAAUUGAGGACAUGCUUCAACGCUACGUUAAGCUUCCGGUGGAGAGGAGAUUGACUCACAUGGACGAUGUUCAGGAAAAAGUGGCAAAACUGAGGCAAUUGAACCACAUCAAGGGAGAUGUUAGCAAGAUACAGUUUCUUGAUAAACAGAUUGAGAAUUUGGAGCUACAUAUCAAGAAGAGCACAUUGGAAUUGCAGAUUCUGGAUGCUAACAUAAGGGAUUAUGAACCAGCACCAGAGCAAGAGCCAUCUCUUUAUCAACUCAAUUGGUGUGAGAGAAACUUGCAUCUAUCUCUCCAGAAAGUCAUGGCUAGAAAAAUGGAAUUGGAGAAACAAGAAAAGACGGAUGUUCACUUCGCUGCACAACAAACAGCUCCCCAACAGUUUGAUACUAAUAAUUGGAUUAAUCCAUACAGUUCAAGUAUCCAAGGGAACAUAUAUGAAAAUUGGAUGGACAAACGAAAGAGAGUAGCAAACAGUUCUAGAAAUUACACAUAUAUCUCUUCCUUUGCAAGUUCUUCACAGAGUGGGAAUAGACCAUUUUCUCAAAUUCAAAACUCAUCGCAUUAUAUCCCAUGGCAGAGCCAGCAACAAAACAUGGUGGUAGAUGUCCAGCAGAAUCCAGCACAAACGUUUGGGCAAUCACAAAGCCAGCAAGAAAACAUGAUAGUAGAUGUCCAGCAGAAUCCAACACAAAUAUUUGGACAAUCACAGGCACAAGUGAAUAUUGGUGAAAGUAGUGACAACUCUAUCAUGAGCUUCUGUCAAAAUCUUUGCGAUUCUACAAGGCCUAUCUCGAGUUCACUCGCGACUACGGGUACACAAUUGAAUAAUCCCUCCCAAUUAGGGUUGGAGUAUGUCAAUUCAGCCUGGAACAACAACUUCGAUGAUCCCUCCCAAUUAGGGUUGGAGAAUGCCCAUUCAAAUUGGAAUGAAAACUUUAAUAAUAACAACAACAUGAAUAAUUCCUCCCAAUUAGGGUUGGAGUAUGCCAAUUCAACUUGGAAUAACAACUUCAAUAAUCCCUCCCUAUUAGGAUUGGAGAAUGCCCAUUCAAAUUGGAAUGACAACUUUAAUAACAACAACAACAACAACAAUCUCAUCAUUCAACAGAACGAUCAUUCUUCAGUUCAUAGUGAUGCAAUAGCUCUUAAUGUUAAUGGAUUUAACUAUUCCAUUGAGGAGAAUAUCAUGGAAAGUAAUGAAUACUUUGUUGAAAACACACAUGACAAUGAUGCAUGGGAAUGGGAUGAUAUUUUCCUCAAUGAAGCAUUCAAUGGAGAAGACUUUGAAAUUUAGAUUGAUCAACCAAUAAAGACAAAAAAUAUCUUUGGUCCAUUUAAAAGAGCACAGAGUACUUUUGAUGUUUAAGCUUUUUAUUUACUUAUUUCAGUAUGCAAGAUAUUAUCUUAAGUGUAUGUAGGGUGGCCUAUAUAUGUUAAAGUGAAUAACAAAAAGAACCUAUGGAUGUUAGAAAUAAAUUGUAUGUUGGCUACAUCACAUGUAUUACUG